GAAGAAGGCAGGGAUCCUCAGAGCCUUGAAUACCAACCAGAUCUAGGUGAAUCCAGGAGCAUCAAGGAAAACUAACAAGGACUCUCAGAUCUUUGCAGUGAAGCCUCCUGCCGUACCUCUGGCCCUGGAGGAAGAAGAAGAUGGCUUCAAACAUCACGUAUCUGCUCCUACUGCUGAGCUGUGCAGCCAGCACUGAGGUCCUGAGUGCCAUCCUCAUGAGACCUAGCUGUGCUACUGGAUGGUUUUACUACAAGUCCUAUUGCUAUGGAUACUUCCGGAAGCUGAGGAACUGGUCUGAUGCUGAGCUCGAGUGUCAGUCAUAUGGGAAUGGAGCUCACUUGGCAUCCAUCCAGAAUGCAAAGGAAGCCAACACCAUAGCAAAGUUCAUAGCUGGCUAUCAAAGGAUCCAGCCCGUCUGGAUUGGCCUGCAUGACCCGCAGAAGAGGCAGAAGUGGCAGUGGAUCGAUGGGGCCUUUUAUAUUUACCAGACCUGGUCUGGCAAGUCCGUGGGUAAGAACAAGUACUGCGUGGAGAUAAAUGCCAAGAACAAUUUUUUAACUUGGAACAGCAAAGACUGCAACAAGCGCCAACACUUCCUGUGCAAGUACCGACCUUAGAGCAAGAAUCAAGACCCUGUCAACCCUUUGAAGCCCCUUUUCUCUUCCUUUUCUUCCAUGCUGGCAACAUCUGCUCAUUGUCUCAGAGAGUAAACCAAGCAACAAAGGCUGAUGAG